AUGAUUAACUUAUGGGUGAAUGGUGGUAGGAUCGCUGCUUGGGUUGGAAGAAGUGCUUUCAGGUCCUUUAUCAGACAACAGUCGUCUGGGGCGUCUUCUACUGCAUCGUCUGCUGAAGAAAUACUUCAUUUUGGUCAACUAGCACCAACUUGGUGGGACGUGCGUGGUCCACAACGGAUUCUCCAUAAAAUGAAUUUGGUGAGGAUGGAUUUCGUGCGUGAGGUCGUCUUGUCACAGCUGAAAGUUGGGUCUGAAACGUUUAUUCCCGGUUACAAUUAUCAUGAUAUGGUUUCGAAACCAAUUUCGCAAGCGAUUGAAAAACAGAUUUCUCAAGAUUUGCAAGCUAAACUCAGUGAAAAGCGUCUAGAGCUGCUUGACGUUGGUUGUGGUGGUGGCAUUUUUGCUGAAUGUGCCGCUAGGCUUCCUUACGUGUCCAAAGUCCUGGGAAUUGAUGUGACGCCCGAGUGCGUCGAAGUUGCCAAAGCACACAGCAAGCUCGACCCCCAGCUAAAGGAUAAACUGGAAUACAAAAUGGAGAGUUUGGAAAAAGUGCCAGGUCAAUACGAUAUAGUGACUUGUUUUGAAAUGUUGGAACAUGUUGACGAGCCCGCUGCCAUUUUACGACACGCUUGGCAAAAAGUGAAGCCGGACGGAAUUUUGGUUUUGAGUACCAUCAAUCGAGGUCCAUUGUCAUGGUUUACCACGAUUUUCGUUGCGGAAAAUCUGCUUGGUUUGGUGCCGCGCGGGACGCAUCAUCUCGACAAAUACAUCAACUCUGCAGAAAUCUCGCAAUGGUUCCAAGACGAGUAUCCGGCCGCCCACAAGUUGUUGGAAUGCAAAGGAACUAUGUACAUACCUGCCAAAGGUUGGAUCUUGCAUGAUCAAACCGACGUUGGCAAUUAUUUUAUGGCGUUCAAGAAGUUGGCUUAA